AUAUAUGAUUUUGCUUGUAUUGGCUGAGCGUGCACUGUUUCCACAUGUCGACCUGCAGUAAAAUGGCGAUGCAACGCCAACCUGACCGUGAAAACAUCAGCCAUGAUGGGGCUGACCCAUUCUGACUCGUGUUCUUUUUCCUGAAACCCUCCAGCAGUUUUUCUGAUUCACUUGUUUUUCUAAUGACCUCUUUGCCACAGAGGAGCAUCGGUUUGCGUCCACAAUGAGUGCAUUGUCCAGGAUAACCUACAUGUCAAGCCUCACUUGCUAGCGGCGACCUUCCGGAGCACCCGCUACCCUAUUGUAGCUCAUUUAGCCGGCAUGUGCUGUUCUACCUACUGCUGCGUCCCUUCCAAUAAAUACAAUAAUCAGCAAGACAAAUAUUCAGUUAAUUAUAUUAUUUCGAGCAAAUAUUAGCCACCAAAUGGCAUUGCUUUGGAAAUGACACAGUUGGGGGGAAUGACACAAUAUUGCUGUGAUUUUGCCUUUAAUGAACAUUCCUAUUUGCUCUGUUUUAUUGAAGAAGUGCUUUGGGGGACCCUGAGCCCCCCCUUCACUGCCGCCCCUCCUCCUGGUCCCUCCCUUUUAUUAACACUGCAGGUCCAAUGCUGGUCAACGUGACUUUUGGAGAAAAGUGGAGACGCUCAUGUGCCAUGUGGACAGAACCGUGCGCACAGGCCGGCGAGCCGCUUCCUGAAUGACAAGGACAGAUCAGCGCCUUAAGGUCGGAACUUUUCCAUUAUUUACAUUACUCCCGAGCACGGCCAGUUAACCUCAUACAUUGUAGAUGCCUUCUCCCAUCAGCUUGGCGGUCACAAAAAUAUUUUUUUCUGCAGAACUAUUUUUUUUACUUUGCCUUUUUGGUGCCUGCCUCCCACUGUUAUCUGCGGUAGUAUCCAAUCAAAGCAUUUCAGUGAAUUUUAAAAAGCCAGAACUACAGCAACUGUUUUGCACAGGAACGCUUUCGUUGCAGUUUAUUUUUGAACUGGAAGACUAUUUACGGGACCUUGGCUGCAGAUCAGCGUGGCACCAACAUCAUGGGGCUUGUGGUUUGGAUGUGCUCGCUGCUGGCUCUGCCACUGCUCCAGUCUGCCAAGAUCCUGACUGUCUGCCUAAUUGGAGGAAGCCACUACUUGCUCUUUGACGAGAUCUCUCACAACUUCCAUUUACAUGGCCACGAGGUCCGCAUGCUCUUGCAACUGGGCAACCCUGUAGUCACAGGUUUGUCCUAUGCAGGUCGCAAUGACAGCUACAAGACCAGCACUUGGUCCUUAGGAGAAGAAUACAUUCAACAAUACAACGGCUGGUUCUUGGAGCAACAAGCGCAGUUUUUACUGGGACGGGAUAGCCUGAAUGGCUUUUUGAACUUCAUGGGGCACCUUUCCUAUCAGUGUGAUCACCUCUUGGGAGACAGUAAGCUAAUGAGAUUCCUGCAGCGGGAGCAAUACGACAUGGUGAUCCUGGAUGCCUUUAACCCCUGCUCCUUCAUCAUAGCACACAAACUCGAUCUCCCCUCCAUCGCCUUUUAUCCUGGCACUCUGAACGGUCCUCUGUCCAUCACAAUCCCCUCCUCCGUGUCCUCGGUGCCAGUUUGCAGCUCCCAGCUGUCCGACCACAUGGACCUCUGGGGUCGCGCAAAGAAUGUGUUCUACUCACUUGUGGGUGCAAUAGGCCAGCAAAUAGUCUGGUCCAUGUUCAAGGACGUAGCUGACCGCCACCUUGACUCAGGCUCUCCCCCUGGUGGUCUGCACGAGUUCCACCAAAAAGCUGAGCUGUGGGCCUUCAACACUGACUUCUCCCUGGAGUUCCCCCAGCCUCUUCCGCCUUACACUGUGCUGGUGGGGGGUCUCCUCAAUAUGGUGGCCCAGCCUCUGGAUCAGGAUCUUGACUUGUGGGUCUCCGGCUUUGGAGAGGCGGGUUUCAUUGUUGUGACUCUGGGAUCAAUGGUCUCCUCCGUGUCUGUGGACCGACUUCUGGUGGAGCUGGUGGACGGCUUCUCCAUGAUCCCUCAGGGCGUCAUCUGGCGGUACGACCAUGAGUGUUGGCCACCCCACCUGAGCAAACCUUCCAAUCUUCACCUUGUGGACUGGCUGCCGCUCAAUGACUUACUAGGACAUAAAAACAUGCGUCUCUUCAUCACCCAUGGAGGUCAGAACAGUCUUCUCCAGGCAGUGUACCAUGCUGUUCCUGUGUUGGGCAUCCCUCUGUUUGGAGAUCAGUUUGACAACAUAGUGAGGGCUCAAGCAAAGGGUUUGGGCCUCUCCAUCAGCCCCACAGAGAUCACUAGCAAGCUGCUUAGCUCCACCAUUCAAGCAAUCAUACAGGACGCCAGCUUCAAGUCUGCAGCCUUGUCCCUCAGCAGCAUCCACAGAUCACAUCCCGUCCCCCCUGCACUCCGACUGGUGCAGUGGGUGGAGCACAUCCUGCACAGCGGAGGUGGAGCUCACCUAAGGCCGUCCUCGCUGCAGCAGCCAUGGUACCAGAGAUACCUGCUGGACCUGCUUCUUCUUCUCUUCAUCAGCCUUGCCGUGCCAGUCCUUCUCUGCUGGCUUUUCUGCAAGAGCAAGAAGACAAGCAAAGGCCACAUUGUCCCACACCUCCAUGCUGCUUCAUUAACAGCCCCCAGUCUGUGGCGCUGGUAUGUGCACAUAUGAGCGUAUUGUAUGCGCUUUUAUGGAAAAGGGGGGGGUGAGUCUUGUGGCCUACAGGUUCUUCGGUUGGUACCCACACCUCCAAGCUUCAACUGUGACCCCUACACCCUCCCGUUUGUCACCACAGUCUGCUUCCCACCCCUAAACAAGGCACAACAAUGUUCACGGUCAGCGGUCAGAG